CGGCGGAAGCGGAAGUGACGGCAGAGGCGCGCGAGGCCGAGAUGGCGGCGGCGGUGGUGGCGGCGGCGACGCGGCUGCUGCGGGGCUCGGGCGCGUGGCGCCGCCCGCGGCCGAGGUGCGGCGCGCCCCCGAGCAGGCCGUUCAGCAGCGGCGGCGCGUACCCCGGCGUCCCGCUCUCGCUCCCCCUGCCCGGCGUCCCCAAGCCUGUGUUCGCCACGGUGGACGGGCAGGAGAAGUUCGAGACCAGAGUGACCACCCUGGACAACGGCCUCCGCGUGGCCUCCCAGAAUAAGUUCGGGCAGUUCUGCACGGUGGGAGUUCUCAUCAACUCGGGGUCGAGAUACGAAGCGAAGCACGUCAGCGGGAUCGCACACUUUUUGGAGAAGUUGGCGUUUUCGUCCACUGAUGAGUUUGGCAGCAAAGAUGAGAUCCUGCUUGCCCUGGAGCAACACGGCGGCAUCUGCGACUGCCAGACCUCGAGGGACACGACCAUGUACGCUGUGUCUGCCGACGUCAGGGGCCUGGACACGGUGGUGGGCUUGCUGGCUGGCGUGGUCCUGCGCCCCAGGCUGACAGAUGAGGAGAUAGAGAUGGCGCGGAUGGCUGUCCAGUUUGAGCUGGAGGAUCUCAACAUGCGGCCGGACCCUGAGCCGCUCCUCACAGAGAUGAUUCAUGAAGCGGCAUAUCGGGGAAACACCGUCGGCCUCCACCGGUUCUGCUCCGUGGAGAACAUAGCCAGGAUCAACCGCGAGGUGCUGCAUGCCUACCUGAGGAACUACUACACCCCCGACCGCAUGGUGCUGGCGGGCGUGGGCAUGGAGCACGAGCACCUGGUGGAAUGUGCCAGGAAGUACCUCCUGGGAGCCCAGCCGGCCUGGGGGCAUGGGCCGGCGGGAACCGUGGACCGCUCGGUUGCACAGUACACGGGCGGGAUUGUCACGCUGGAGCGAGACAUGUCGAACGUCAGCCCUGGGCCCACUCCGUUCCCCGAGCUCGCGCACGUCAUGCUGGGCCUGGAGAGCUGCUCCUUCCUGGAGGCCGACUUCAUCCCCUUCGCCGUCCUCAACAUGAUGAUGGGGGGUGGCGGCUCCUUCUCAGCGGGUGGCCCGGGCAAGGGCAUGUUCACCAGGCUCUACCUCAAUGUGCUCAACAGGCACCACUGGAUGUACAGCGCCACCUCUUACCACCACAGCUAUGAGGACACAGGGCUCCUGUGCAUCCAUGCCAGCGCCGAUCCCCGCCAGGUGCGGGAGAUGGUGGAGAUUCUCACUAAGGAGUUCGUCCUCAUGUGCGAGGCGCCGGACGAGGUAGAACUGGACCGCGCCAAGACACAGUUGAUGUCCAUGCUGAUGAUGAACCUGGAGUCUAGGCCUGUCAUCUUUGAGGAUGUGGGGAGACAGGUGCUGGCCACGCAGUCCAGAAAGCUGCCCCAUGAGCUGUGCGAGCUGAUCCGCCAGGUGCAGCCCAGCGACAUCCGAAGAGUGACUGCCAAGAUGCUGCGCGGGAAGCCUGCGGUGGCUGCCCUGGGCAACCUGGCUGGCCUGCCCAGCUAUGAGCACAUCCAGGCGGCCCUGUGCAAGAACGGCCGCCUGCCCAGGACCUACCGGCUCUUCCGCUAGAGCUGUCCACGUGGUCUGUGGGGGCAGCUCAGGCUCCAGCCGGGGUGUGUCCGAGGCUUGGGUGGGCUCUGCCCACCACCCCAGGGAACCCUGCUGGGUUUGCAGGAGCAUCCUCGAUCUCGCUGUGCAACUCGUCAGUGAGCCCACUCAGAGUGCGCAUGUGUGUGUGUGUGUGUGUGUGUGUGGCGGGGGGCCAGCUUGGGGCCUGGGGUCACCUGCCGUCACCUGCCGCAAGGAGCAUGGGAUGGGUCACAGCCUGCGCGGCCUUGCUGGAGGAGAACCAAGAAGCCCAGUUCCGGGUUGGGGGCUGCUGCAGUGAGGGGUUCUGAGUCCCAAAACAAAGCCUCCGGAAGCCUGGCCUUGCAGUCAGGUGGGUGAGGUUUGAGGGCUCGAAUAAACACCUCGAGAACAGAACUCUCCGCUGCCUUCACUUCGCUGCCCU